AUGGCACUAAAGAAGUCAUCACUCUCACUGGAAUCCAGUGAGAGUGACUCUGAGGAGUUGCCAGUAUUUGCCUUUCUCAAGAGGGAACCAUCUUCAACAAACAGAAGGCAUCCUGAGAGGGAGGAGAAGAUUGUGGUUGACACCUUACAUUCUGAGGCCUCCUAUCCUCCGUCACUAGUUUUGAAAGAUCCACUGCCUAUCCCGAAUACAGCUGAAACUGUCACACAAACAGAGCCAGGCACAGUACUAAGCAGUGAAAGUAAGGAUGAAGUGGUAUAUAUUCCCCUGGCUGAGAGGCUUACAUAUAAGUUUUUGACCCACAAGCAGCUGAGCCCGGAAGACUCUAACUACCUACUUAAAAGUGUUUCGGAUCAUCAGAAUAAUGAAGGAGCAUCAAGUGACUGGAAAAAUCAUUCCUUUCCAAAGGUCCCUGAUAUUCCCUUCCAUGAUACCCCAGAGAGGAGUACAUCAGAUAACAAGGACCCUAUCUUAGAUAAACCGUGCCAUCAGUUUCCAGUCUACCAGUCUACCUGUCCUGUCCAGAGCAACAGCUUGAUAGUAGCCAAAACAAAUUCUGACACCCUCCAAUCUCAGAAGAAAACCAAGCAUAGUCAGAGGGUCCAGAGAAGAGGUUUGCAGAGAUGCCGGCAGCAGGAACAAGCAAGCCAGAAGGAAAGCACCCUGAGACGAGAAAGAAAGGAGAAGGCAUCACUGGUUAACAGAUUGAAAUCCCAAAGGCCAGAGGAAUGCUUAAAACACAUCAUCGUGGUGCUGGAUCCAGUGCUUUUACAGAUGGAAGGUGGGGGCCAGCUCCUCGGAGCUUUACAGUCCAUGGGGUGCUGCUGUGUGAUUGAGACACAGGUUGUGCCUUGCAGUAUCACUUGGAGAAGGACUGGGCCAUCUGAGGAUGGAGAGGAAACAGUGGAAGAACAAAUGGUCCUGGUGUUGCUUCUGGCAGAGGUGUUUGUAUCCAUGAUCUACAACUUGAAACAGGGAAAUCUGGGCAACACUGAAAAAAGGAAGGAAACACUUCGGGGCUUUGUAACUGAUGUCACAGCAAAGACAGCAGGGAAAGCUCUGUCACUGGUGAUUGUGGAUCUGGAGAAAUGCUUCAGCCUGGAGCUGCUGCCAUUCUUUCAUUUCCUCCUCUGCUCCAGUCCUCAGAAUCCCCCAAGGAGAAAGAAACAGGGAGUAGCAAAUAAACAGGCCAAGGAGAAGCAGCAGCUGAGACAACCAAAGGCCAGCGUGGGGUCCGUGGUUUCCAGGGUCGACAUGGAAGAGGCACUGGUGGAUCUGCAGCUACACACAGAAGCGCAAGUUAAAAUUGUACAGAGCUGGAAAGAACUAGCCGACUUUACAUGCUCAUUCACCAAGGCUGUGGCGGAGGCACCCUUCAAGAAGCUCCGAGAUGAAACUAGCUUCUCCUUCUGUGUAGAGAGUGACUGGGCUGGAGGGGUAAAGGUGGACCGUUCUGGCAGGGGACUCGCACUGGUCUGGAGAAGACAGAUUCAGCAGCUGAACCGAGUCAGCUUGGAGAUGGCCAGUGCCAUUGUGGAUGUCUACCCUUCCCCACAACUCCUGGUACAGGCCUAUCAGCGGUGUCUUUCAGAGCAAGAAUGCCAGAAUUUGCUUGCAAACAUACAAGUGCGCCGUGGGGAAGGUGUGACAUCUACCUCCCGCCGUGUUGGACCAGAACUGUCCAGACGUAUCUACCUUCAAAUGACCACUAUACAACCAGAUCUCUGUUUAGACAGUGGUGAUGGAUGUUAGCACUCAGGGACAAGGCUGAAAAGCUGAUUUCCACCUUCCCACCCCCACAGAGCCAGACUGCAGUGAGGGAGACUGGCAGUACCUACCAGAGCACAAGUCUGGUUGAGACAAUAAUUCUUUCCUGGGUUUCACUGCUUGACAGUCUCCCUGUCAGCUCAGGCAGAAGACAGAGAUUAUCUGCAGCAUCCAAUGUGCCUCCUAG